GGUUUAGCGUCACUUCCAGUUUCAACGACGUAAAGAUGUCGCCGACCUUAUUCAAUUUUGUCGACGCUAAAAACACAUUUACGGCGUCUGCCAGACAUGCUCUAGCUGGUAAAACCGGCAAACAUUUGGUGAACGCUUUUAACCAGAUCUCUGGAAAUGAGACAGAAAAGAAAACCACACUUGACCAGGCGCUGAGGGGGGUUCUGGGUGAUCAGAUUAUCGAGCAAAAAACCAGCUGUGAUGACUACUUGUCCCUCAUCUACCUGAGCAUUGAUGCAGUUACAGAAGGUAUCUGUUCAGCUACAACUCCUUUCGUUCUCCUGGGAGAUGUACUGGACUGCCUGCCUCUCGAUCAGUGUGACAAAAUAUUCACUUUUGUUGAGGAGAAUGUUUCCACCUGGAAAUCGAACUCUUUCUACACUGCUGGGAAGAACUACUUACUGCGGAUGUGUAAUGAUCUCCUGAGGAGGCUGUCCAAAUCUCAGAACACUGUUUUCUGUGGACGAAUCCAGCUUUUUCUGGCUCGUCUCUUCCCUCUCUCAGAAAAAUCAGGGCUCAAUCUACAGAGCCAGUUUAACCUGGACAACGUGACAGUGUUCAACAAAAAUGAACAAGAGAGCACUCUUGGUCAGAAGCACACAGAAGAAAAGGAAGAUGGUAUGGAUGUGGAGGAGGGAGAAAUGGGAGAGGAUGAUGCUCCUGCACCAUGUAGCAUUCCAAUUGACUACAACUUGUACAGAAAGUUCUGGACUCUGCAGGACUACUUCAGAAACCCUGCGCAGUGUUACGAUAAAUUCUCCUGGAUGACAUUCCUGAAGUACUCAGACGAGACCUUGGCGGUGUUCAAAAGCUACAAACUAGAUGACAUGCAGGCGUCUAAGAGAAAACUGGAGGAUUUGAGAGCAUCUGGAGGAGAACAUGUCUACUUUGCAAAGUUUCUAACAAGUGAGAAGUUGAUGGACCUGCAGCUCAGCGACAGCAACUUCAGACGGCACAUUCUCCUGCAGUACCUCAUCCUCUUCCAGUACCUGAAGGGGCAGGUCAAGUUCAAAAGCUCCAGCUGUGUUCUCAACGAUGACCAGACAACAUGGAUCGAAGAGACGACUCAACUCGUUUAUCAUCUACUGGGGGAGAUCCCUCCUGAUGGAGACAAGUUUGCCACUAUGGUUGAGCACAUUCUCAACACAGAGGAGAACUGGAAUGGCUGGAAAAACGAGGGAUGCCCCAGCUUUGUCAAAGAAAGGACUGUAGAUGACAAACCCAAAAGACCCACCAGGAAGAGACAAGCUCCAGAAGACUUCCUUGGAAAAGGGCCAGACCGAAAGAUUUUCAUGGGAAAUGACGAGUUGACUCGACUGUGGAACCUGAACCAAGACAACAUGGAGGCCUGCAAGUCAGACAUCAGGGAGUUCAUGCCGUCACUGGAUGAAUUCUUUGCGGAGGCCAUUGAACAGGCUGAUCCGGUUAACAUGGUGGAAGAUGAGUACAAAGUUGUGCGGAACGCAAACUAUGGCUGGCGCGCUCUGAGGCUGCUCUCCCGGAGAAGUCCGCACUUCUUUCAACCAACUAAUCAAAAGUUUAAAAGCCUGGCAGACUAUCUCGACAGCAUGGUCAGCAAACUGGCCAAAGAGCUGCCGAAGGAUAUCCCCUCUGAGGAAAUAAAGACAGGAGAAGAAGAUGACGACGAUAACGGAGACAAUCUUCUCAAAGACAGCAACGACAGUCCGAGCAUACAGAACAAGCUGGUCACAAACAAUCAGAUGGAUGACUUGGCAGCCAAACUCGGCGGCCAGUGGAAGAUGCUGGCUUCUCAUUUGGAGAUUAAGGCUGCAGAGCUGCGGGAGAUCGAAACAGACAGUGAAGAUGUUGACAUGCAGGCCAAACUGCUGCUUGUUGCCUGGCAGGACAGAGAGGGACCACAAGCUACUGUGGAGAACCUGGUCAUAGCUCUGAAUGCUGCCGGAUUCCCUCAGUUUGCGGACACUCUCAGUGAGGCCUAGAGUAGAUUUUCUUAUGUAAAUUAUCAGUUUCUCCAUAACAUUGUUGCAUCCUUUUCAUACAAAAAAAAAGUCUGGAAGGAAGAUUUUUGUACGUAGUAAACGUAAGUCAAGUUUUUCACUGUUGAAAAUUCAAUAAAUGCUUUUCUUUUUUAAA